AUGAAGCUCUUUUGGAUGCAGUCCUCGGCCGCCCUCCUCUCCACCUUUGUUCUCCUCUUGACCGUCGUCGCAGAUGACUGCCAACCCGCAACAUGGGUCAAGGCUGGGAACUUUGCUCGGGCCAAUAACCUCGCAGCUACCUCCACUACUCCUACUCCUGUUCCAAGUGCAACCAGCAGUUCCACUGUCCCCAAGGCCGGCGAGAUCAACUGUCGAUCCUGGGGAAAGACCUACGACACAGUCAACUACUACACGUGUACGGAAAUUAGCAACAAGUACCAAAUCACCACAGACUUUUUCUUUUCCCUGAACCCGACACUGAAACCGGAUUGUUCAAAUAUCAAGCCGCAGUCUAGGUACUGCGUUGAUGGUUUCGUUGAGCCCCUCCGAGCUACAGAUGGUCUUUGUGGCCCCAAGCACAAUAACGCGACCUGUCUCGGGACCGAUCUACAGUGCUGCAAUGCCGAGACAUUCAAAUGCGGUCAAUCGACACAGGACUGCGCCGACGGUACAUGCUUCGAAGGCGCCUGCCUAGGAGACAAAGUAUACAGUACAGACGGGACAUGUGGCUCUCAGCACGGCUCUCGACGCUGCGCUGGGAAAUGGGGCGACUGCUGUAACUUUGACGGUAAGUGCGGCACUGGUGAUGCCUUUUGUGGCACAAAAUCGUGCCAGUCGGGCAACUGCACGGUUGCGGCGACCCCGAGCCAGCCGGCCUCUCUACCGUGGCAGACGGGUACCACACCUGAUGGCUCCUGUGGGGGUACGAACAAGUACACUUGCAAUGUGCUGUAUGGGAAUUGUUGCAACAAGAAUGGCCAGUGUGGGUCACUACCCGUGGACUGUGGUGCAGGAUGCCAAUCUGCAUUUGGAACAUGCGGCUAG